CACAAGCGAUAUAUAUUACCAGUUGGCGAGACAGCGAAUGGUGCUAAUUUCACCACCAAGAUAAAGUACCAAGGGUGUAGUCUUGACGAUCAAGAUGAUUGGAAUCAAUUUAGAAAUGCUGUGCGAGCAACAAUUAGAGAGACUCCACCAUCUACAGCUGGGAAAGGAUUCUUCCCAUCACCUUCUCCACGACUUCUUCAGCAGUCUGGAAAAUUUUCAUUCUCCGGAACAACCACACCGAAAAAGGAAUUAGACAAGCGAACAGUUUCACCACAUCGGUUUCCUCUGUUACGAACCGCAUCUCUUGCUAGUCGGCCAACCACCCCCAAAAGUUCUAGGCCAACAACCCCAAAUAAGAGUCGGCCUACUACUCCCAACCCUUCCAAUGGGAGACGGGUAAUUACUGCAUCCUAUAUGUUUUUCAUUUGUUAA